AUGAGUCCCGAUUCCGUUCCUGUGUCUCCUGGUGAGCCUGACCCGCUGCCCCAUUUAAAAAGGCCUACAGGGGUUGCCGACAUUAGGAAGGAUAGCAAUGUAGGACCUGAUUCCGUAGAUCCAGAUAACUUGCAGGAGGCAUACGUGGAUUUUGGGAAUAAAGAGGCUAACGCAUCCAUAAGGGAUUUCUCUAUUGAUGAUUUUGACGAGGAAGGCUUGAUCGCGGAGACUCCUACACUCCACUUCAUGUAUAGCUCUCCUCAAUUUGAUGGCCAGUUACCCGGAGAUAUAUUUUCCGAGCCUACGUUCGAUAAGAAUCUUGAGGAUGAUUCUUUCGAAGAAUUACUCGAUCUCACGAAAGACAACCUCGCUGACAAGUUUGCAGAUGAUGUUUCUAUGGUUGCUUCGCUAUCUUUCACUCUCUCUUACCCAACUCUUGCAGCUGCGCUUCACAUGUUCGUCAAUGCCUACAAGAACGUCCUUGCUGUUGCUGUUAUCUCUGUUGUAUCUGUUGAGAACGCUACUGCUCUUGCCUCUAAGGAAAAAGGGAAAAAGGAUGAGCCUGUCGGCGAGUCAGACGAUGACUUGGGCUUUAGUUUGUUUGACUAA